CGGCGAGCAAGCAACGAACUCAGUGGGUAACUGGUGUAAAAUGGCGCUGUCUCAAGGAACAAAGAAAAAAGUUUGCUAUUACUAUGACGGUGAUGUGGGAAACUACUACUAUGGUCAAGGCCAUCCCAUGAAACCCCACAGGAUCCGCAUGACGCACAACCUCCUCCUUAACUAUGGACUUUACAGGAAAAUGGAGAUCUACAGACCACACAAAGCCAGUGCUGAGGAGAUGACGAAGUACCACAGUGACGACUACAUUAAGUUCCUGAGGUCCAUCCGCCCAGACAACAUGUCUGAGUACAGUAAACAAAUGCAGAGAUUUAACGUCGGCGAGGACUGUCCAGUUUUCGAUGGACUCUUUGAGUUUUGUCAGCUCUCCACAGGCGGCUCUGUAGCCGGAGCGGUGAAGCUCAACAAGCAGCAGACGGACAUAGCAGUCAACUGGGCUGGUGGACUUCACCACGCCAAGAAGUCUGAGGCUUCUGGUUUCUGCUACGUCAACGACAUCGUCCUCGCCAUCCUGGAGCUCCUCAAAUACCACCAGAGGGUUUUGUACAUCGAUAUCGACAUCCACCAUGGCGAUGGAGUAGAGGAGGCCUUUUACACCACAGACAGGGUCAUGACUGUCUCAUUCCACAAAUAUGGAGAAUACUUUCCUGGCACUGGAGACCUGAGAGACAUUGGAGCAGGAAAGGGCAAGUACUAUGCUGUGAACUACCCUCUUAGAGACGGCAUUGACGAUGAGUCAUAUGAAGCCAUUUUCAAGCCCAUCAUGGCUAAGGUGAUGGAGAUGUACCAGCCGAGUGCUGUGGUUCUGCAGUGUGGAGCAGAUUCUCUUUCUGGUGACAGGCUGGGCUGCUUCAACCUGACCAUUAAAGGCCACGCGAAGUGCGUCGAGUACAUCAAAAGUUUCAACCUUCCUCUGCUGAUGCUGGGUGGAGGAGGAUACACCAUCCGCAAUGUGGCCCGUUGCUGGACUUUUGAAACCGCCGUGGCCUUGGACUGCUCCAUCCCCAACGAGCUGCCCUACAACGAUUAUUUUGAGUACUUUGGACCCGAUUUCAAGCUGCACAUUAGCCCGUCCAACAUGACCAACCAGAACACCAACGAGUACCUGGAGAAGAUCAAACAGCGGCUCUUUGAAAACCUCCGCAUGCUGCCUCACGCCCCUGGUGUCCAGAUGCAGGCCAUCCCAGAGGACGCUCCUCACCCAGACAGUGGAGAUGAGGACGAGGAAGACCCAGACAAGCGUGUCUCUAUCCGUGCCCAUGACAAGAGGAUAGCCUGUGAGGAAGAGUUUUCAGACUCUGAGGACGAGGCCGAGGGGCAGGGCGGGGGUCGCAGGAAUGCCUCAAACCACAAAAAGCUAAAACGACUGAAGAAGGAGGAAGAGAAAGAAGGAGAGGAAAAGAAAGGUGAGCAGCGCACCCACAAAAAACUAACGGCAUUGAAAGGUUUUCUGAGAGCUAAAGAACUGCUUUACUUUGUAGAAGUGAAAGAAGAAGACAAAGAGGAAGAGAAGAUGGACACAUCAGGACCAAAAGAAGAAAUGAAGACCACUUGAAGCUGGGUGGAAGGAGACGUGGAUGUCCCGUUGUCCCUCAGCCCCUCCCAGACUCCUGCUCUCCUCCUGUAACAAGAGGACCUUUAUUCCUUUUUGUACUGCACCUACAGGCUAACCUGAUUCACACCUUGUUCUUAAGGAUCAGGUGAUAUGGGGUGCACAACUAUCUAGCACAGUAAAAAUAAGCCCCCCCAAUUUGUUGGUUUAAUCCCACCCACCUGGCACUUAAUCUCUGCGAGCCAUCGUGUGAAUCAGACACGUAAAAAGAAAAUUCAGAUUGUUACAGUUUCCGUGCUGGUGUUUCAGAUUUGAACCCAUCUGUGGGACUCCAGUUUGUCUAUGAUACAGAACUGGCCUUGGACCAGUCCUGCCUUCCCGUUAGCUCCUCAGCAUGCUUACUCAUCAGGCCGGCAGCAUGUUCUGAUUUUAAGUUGUUCUCCUGACACCAUCUGUACGCUUUAAAUUAUUUUAACUCACUAGUCAUUAGUUACUUCAGCCCGUCUCGUUGUAAACGUGCUCCGUGUUUUUAUGUUCGAGUCUCUCCAGAGGCUGAAGUCGGCGAGCAAACGACUUGUUUUAGAUAUUUUGUACUAUGAAUACAUAAGUAGUGUAAAUCAAUAAGGCUGUUUACAUCCUUGUGAAAU